ACAGCCAUCAGCAGCCAUUCUGUCAAGUUUGCUAGUGACGUGUCUGGGUGUAUCGCCGAGGAUCUUGCUGUCUAUAAUGCGAUUGUGAUAAAAUUUCAGGCAGAAAAAACCGACGAAAUGUUGACCAAAUUCGAAACGAAAUCCGCCCGUGUCAAGGGCUUGUCUUUUCAUCCCAAGAGGCCCUGGAUCCUUGUUAGUUUGCAUAAUGGCAUUAUCCAACUCUGGGACUACCGCAUGUGCACCCUGUUGGAUAAGUUCGACGAGCACGACGGCCCAGUGCGAGGUAUCUGCUUCCACAAUCAGCAACCACUGUUCGUCUCAGGUGGUGAUGACUACAAGAUCAAAGUAUGGAACUACAAACAGCGCCGCUGCAUAUUCACCCUCUUAGGUCACCUGGAUUACAUAAGAACAACAAUGUUCCAUCACGAAUAUCCAUGGAUUCUUAGCGCAUCCGAUGACCAGACGAUACGAAUUUGGAAUUGGCAGAGCAGGACGUGUAUCUGCGUAUUAACAGGUCACAACCAUUACGUGAUGUGUGCGCAAUUCCACCCUUCGGAGGACAUCAUCGUUUCAGCAUCCCUCGACCAGACGGUAAGAGUUUGGGACAUUUCCGGAUUGCGUAAGAAAAGCGUAGCCCCAGGACCGGGCGGACUAGAAGAUCAUUUGAAAAACCCCGGCGCGACGGAUUUGUUUGGGCAAGCUGAUGCGGUUGUAAAACAUGUCCUUGAGGGGCACGAUCGCGGUGUAAACUGGGCAUGCUUUCACCCGACCUUACCGCUAAUCGCUUCAGGGGCGGAUGAUCGUCAAAUAAAAAUGUGGCGAAUGAAUGACGCCAAAGCUUGGGAAGUCGACACUUGCAGAGGCCACUACUACAACGUAUCUUGUGUACUCUUCCAUCCGCGGCAAGAAUUGAUUCUGUCAAACUCCGAAGACAAGAGUAUUCGGGUUUGGGAUAUGACCAAGCGAGCCUGUCUUCACACCUUCAGGAGAGAGCAUGAAAGGUUUUGGGUUCUGGCCGCGCAUCCGACUCUCAAUUUGUUUGCGGCUGGUCAUGAUUCCGGAAUGACUAUUUUCAAGCUCGAAAGAGAGCGUCCGGCUUAUGCCGUCUACGGCAACCUGUUGUUCUAUGUCAAAGACCGCUUUCUUAGGAAAUUAGAUUUCAACACAUCGAAGGAUAGCUCGGUAAUGCAGAUCCGUGGGGGCGGUAAGGUGCCGGCUUACAGUAUGUCCUACAACCAGGCUGAAAAUGCCGUUCUGAUCUGCACGAGGUCUGCCCUCAACGUUGAGAACAGCACUUAUGACUUGUACAUGAUUCCUAAGGAUGGUGACUCAAAUAGCGAUCCCGAUGCUAAGAGAGCCUCAGGCGUGACAGCGAUAUGGGUAGCAAGAAACAGAUUUGCAGUCUUGGAUAGGGGGUAUUCGCUGGUGAUUAAAAACCUAAAGAACGAGGUGACAAAGAAGGUACAAAUUCCAAAUUGCGACGAGAUUUUUUACGCUGGAACAGGGAUGCUCUUGUUAAGAGACGCUGAACAAGUGAUACUGUUUGACGUCCAACAGAAGAGAACACUUGCGGAAGUUAAAAUCUCGAAGUGUCGUUACGUUGUAUGGUCAAACGACAUGUCACAUGUUGCACUAUUAGCUAAACACACGGUGAACAUCUGUAAUCGUCGUUUGGAAUCAAUAUGUUCGAUUCAUGAGAAUACCAGAGUGAAAUCUGGAUCCUGGGAUGACUCCGGAAUAUUUAUUUACACUACGAGUAAUCACAUUAAGUACGCUAUAAACAAUGGCGAUCACGGAAUUAUUCGUACCUUAGACUUACCGAUUUACGUUACUCGCGUAAAAGGGAACCAAGUAUUUUGUCUAGACCGCGAAUGCAGGCCGAGAAUAUUGAAUAUCGACCCUACAGAGUACAAAUUUAAAUUAGCAUUGAUAAACAGAAAGUAUGAAGAAGUCUUGCACAUGGUUCGUACAGCGAAUUUGGUUGGUCAAUCGAUAAUCGCUUAUCUACAGCAAAAAGGGUAUCCAGAAGUUGCUCUUCACUUUGUCAAAGAUGAAAAAACUAGAUUUGGACUUGCCUUGGAGUGCGGUAACAUUGAAGUCGCCUUAGAGGCCGCGAGAACUUUGGAUCAGAAGAGUUGUUGGGAAAGCUUAGCUCAAGCUGCGCUACUUCAAGGCAAUCAUCAGGUUGUAGAGAUGUGUUACCAGAGAACAAAGAACUUCGAAAAGCUUGCAUUUUUGUACUUGAUUACCGGAAAUUUAGACAAAUUGAGAAAGAUGACAAAAAUAGCAGAAAUAAGGAAAGACGUUUCUGGCCAAUACCAAGGAAGUUUACUUUUGGGAGAUAUUUAUGAAAGAGCAAAAAUACUGAAGAACUCUGGGCAGACGUCGCUUGCGUACGUAACAGAAAAAAUUCACGGAAUCGCUAGCGAGGAAGACGACUCGCAGUAUGAAUCAAUGAAAGAAGAAUUGGAGGACCUUGAACGAGGAGCAGUGUAUCUCCAGCCUCCAAUUCCUACUCAACAAGCCGAGAACAAUUGGCCAUUAUUGACAGUUUCCAAAGGUUUCUUCGAGGGUGCAAUGAUGUCCCGUGGUAAGACUCAAGUAGCCGCUGCUCUGGCACCGGAAGAUGACUCUGGGCCAGUUGAAGGAUGGGGCAAUGAUGACGAGUUGGGCAUGGAUGACGAAGAGGGUGGAGAUACGGAAAUAGUAGGUGAUACCGAAGAAGGGGCUGGCUGGGAUGUUGGUGACGAAGACCUAGAGUUGCCACCAGAAUUAGAGGCAGCGACACCAUCUUCUGAAGAUGGCUACUAUUCUCCACCAACAAAAGGAAUUCCCCCAACCCAACACUGGGUCAAUAAUUCCCAGCUGGUAUCUGACCACAUUUUAGCUGGUUCCUUUGAAUCUGCCUUCAGAUUACUAAACGAUCAAGUCGGAGUCGUCGAGUUCCAAGCUUACGAAUCAAUAUUUUUGAAUACAUUCGCACGAGCACGUACUUCAUACUCAAGCCUUCCCAGCAUACCAUCGCUGUACGGCUAUCCGCAAAGAAAUUGGAAAGAGGCAAACGUCAAAAACGGCUUGCCAGCUGUUGGCUUGAGAUUGACUGAUCUGGUGCAGAGAUUGCAAGUCUGCUAUCAGUUGACCACAGGUGGAAAAUUCACCGAAGCAGUUGAAAAACUGCAAAACAUUUUGCUCAGUGUUCCACUUCUGGUUGUUGAUACAAGACAAGAUAUUGCAGAAUCUCAACAGCUAAUACAAAUCUGUAGAGAGUAUAUUCUUGGUCUCAAAAUGGAAACCACUAGAAAAACUUUACCAAAAAGCACCUUGGCUGAACAGAAACGACUCUGUGAGAUGGCUGCUUACUUUACACACUGCAGUUUGCAGCCUGUUCAUCAAAUCCUAACUCUACGAACGGCUGUAAACAUGUUCUUUAAACUAAAAAAUUAUAAAACUGCAGCUUCGUUCGCUAGAAGAUUAUUAGAGCUUGGUCCAAGGGCAGAGGUUGCACAACAAGCUAGAAAAAUACUGCAGGCAUGUGACAAAAAUCCGGUCGAUGAGCACCAGCUGUUAUACGACGAGCACAAUCCGUUUACUCUAUGUGCGGGUACUUACACUCCAAUUUAUAGAGGCAAACCAGAAAUCAAAUGCUCGCUUUGUGGCGCCAGCUAUCAACCUCAAUUCAAAGAAACUAUAUGUACAGUCUGCGAGGUAGCUCUAGUUGGAAAAGAAACUAUUGGACUGAGGAUAAGUCCCUUGCAAUUCCGAUAAGAUUCAUUCUUUACAUAUUACAAUGAUUCAGCCUUUAAGGUGCAUUUAUUUGUAGUGAUUGUAUAAAAAUACAUGUAUCGAGGUAUUGUUUAAGUUUUAGAUACUGUCACUAAUCAGUAAACAGUGGGUCACUGCAGUUACGACAUCGUAUACUUUUAAGAAAUAAAACUAAAUUUGUA